UUGCCACACCUGUGCCACUAACUACCUUGUCACCUCAGCAGGUCUUCUUUAUUGUUGUUGUUGAUUUCUGGGUGAAAUUAGGUUUGAACGCACCUCCGUUUAAGAAGAUGAGUGAAGGCUUCACCAUUGUGACCUACGUGCACCCAUUACUGAUGGGUCAAAAUCCCCCAGCUGGCAAUAACAUGGGAAAUGCAUCCACGCCAUCGAUACUUCCGUUUCUGAAAGGCCAUCUGAAAGCACUGGGGACCAUCCAAAUAAUGAUUGGGGUGGUGACAUUUCUGUUUGGAAUUAUUCUGGCUUUCAACUGGAAUAUACCCAUUUCCGUUAUUAGUGGAAUUGUGUACUGGGGCUCGCUAAUUUACAUCAUUACUGGAUCUCUGUCUGUCGCAGCAGAACCCAAACUACAUCCCUGUUUGGUUAAAGGCUCACUGGGAAUGAACGUGGUCAGCGUUGUAGUUUCAGGAACAGCCAUCUUCAUACUUUGCAUCGACUGUUUCCUGCAAUUAAUAUGCGAGUACUGCAGCACUGAAGAAAAUAGGGAGACGGUCAGAGUCACUGGAGUGCUGGCGGUUUUGUCUCUGCUUCAGUUCUUCAUCUCCAUCUGCAUCUCAGCGUUCGCCUGUAAAGCCACCUGCUGCUCUGAACCGAUGGUACCUGUUGUAACUAUCGCCCAUCCUGCUCACAUCAACCCACAGGGGAUCAAUGGAGUCAUGUACAGUCCACCAACAGGAAGUCCUCCAGCGUACAGCAUGGCAGAAAUGUCCAUCAGUUGCACACUGCAAAAUCUCGCCAGAAGCAGUAUGCCAUCUGGGUAUUUCUCGCCUACUGAGAAUUCGGACAUACUACAGCUCUGGCAUACUGCUUUUAUGUGUAAAAAUGUGGUGUACAUCCCUCAAGCCCAGGUGAACAUGUACAAACCCGGCACCACAAAAUGUUUCAAAUCUGGAUUAAAUACACAAAUGGCUCUUACUGGACAAACCCUCCCACCUGGACAUAAUAUGGCUAACACGUCCCCACCGCCAAUUGUUCGGUUCCUGAAAGCUGAGCCGAAAGCACUCGGGACCGUCCAAAUAAUGAUCGGACUGAUAACUUUACUGUUUGGGAUUGUGUUGGCGUCUGAUUUUUCAGUUGCCCUAGCCUCUGUUUUAACCGGAAAUCUUUACUGGGCCUCGAUAGUCUACAUCAUCGCUGGCUCUCUGUCUGUUGCAGCAGAAACCAAACUUCAUCCUUGUGUGGUGCAGGGCUCGCUGGGAAUGAAUGUGGUCAGUGCCAUAUUUUCAGCAGUAGGCAUCGGUGUACUGAUAACAGACUUUUUCUUAUAUUAUAACUGCUACACUAGUGAAUGUUACAGUUUUCAGGCACGGACUAAAGCGAUCAGUGGAGUGCUGCUGGUUUUUGCUGUUCUUCAGUUCAUCAUCUCCAUUUCUAUCUCAGUGUUCGCCUGUAAAGCCACCUGCUGCUCUGAAACCAUGGUGCCUUUUGUAACGUAUGCGAACCAAACUGUCACUGGCAACCCACAGGUGCCUGUUGCAACCUUUGCCAACCAGGCAGUCAGAGGUAAUGCACAGAAUUUGGUGUACAUCCCACAAGCCCAGGUGAACAUGAACAACCCGGUGCAACAAAACCACCCGGUGCAACAAAACAUCUAUGAUUGGCCCGGUAGAUAACUAUUAAGUUAUCAAAACAAGCAAAAAAGUUAUUUUAAUUCGACCACACACUAGUUUCUAUACACAAUAUAUCAUGUCAUAGCUAGUGUGAUGGUUAAGGUUUGAAAUAAAUAAAAACAUUUACAAAUAAACCUCUGAUAAAAAUGUGUUCAGUUCAUAUACAGUCAAUUUCAUAAAUAUUUGGACAAUAGCAAAUUAUUGUUAUUUUUGCGGUCUGCCACAGUUGAAUUAAAAUUAAAUAAGCCCAAAGUG